AUGGCCACCGGUACCACCACCACCGCUGCGGCCUCCAGCACGAGUCGUGUCAGUCCUCAAGGCGGCAUCCUUGAGGGCGGCAACCCGUCCCACUAUGACUCCAAGAACCCCAUUGUUCUGUUUAUCAUCCAAGCCGUCAUUAUCAUCGUCCUUUGUCGCCUGCUUCACUGGCCACUCUCCAAGAUCCGUCAACCUCGCGUCAUCGCAGAGGUCAUCGGCGGCAUCAUCUUGGGCCCCUCGGUGAUGGGCCAUAUCCCCGGAUUCACCGAUGCCAUUUUCCCCACCGCCAGCAUCCCCACACUGAAUGUUGUCGCCAACUUGGGGCUGGUCCUGUUCUUGUUCCUUGUCGGGCUGGAAACGGACUUGCGCUUCCUCGUCAGCAACUGGCGCACCGCCCUCAGUGUCUCCGCGGCUGGCAUGGCCCUGCCCUUCGGCCUGGGCUGUGCCAUCUCGUACGGUCUGUACAAGGAAUUCCAAAAUGAGCCCGGGACUGUCCCCAUUGAAUUUGGUACCUAUCUCCUCUUCAUCGGUAUCGCCAUGGCCAUUACUGCCUUCCCUGUUCUUUGUCGUAUAUUGACCGAGCUGAAACUCCUGGGGACCCGCGUUGGAGUCAUUACGUUGUCUGCCGGUGUCGGGAAUGAUAUUGUUGGCUGGGUGCUGCUGGCUCUCUGUGUCGCCUUGGUGAACGCAGGAACGGGCAUUACCGCACUCUACGUUCUACUCGUUUGUGUCGGGUACAUGCUCUUCCUGAUAUAUGGCUUCCGGCCGGUCUUCCUGCGCUUUCUCCAGCGUACUGGGAGUUUGCACAAAGGACCCAGUCAGUCUGUUGUGACGCUGACUCUACUUAUUGCACUGGCUUCUGCCUUUUUCACUCAGGUCAUCGGUGUGCAUGCCAUCUUCGGUGGUUUUGUCAUUGGGCUAAUGUGCCCUCACGAAGGUGGUUUUGCCAUCAAGCUGACAGAAAAGAUCGAGGAUGUCGUAGCAGCCCUCUUCUUACCUCUAUACUUCACGCUCUCUGGCCUCAGUACCGACUUGGGUUUGCUCGACAGUGGGAUUGUCUGGGGCUAUGUAGUGGGAGUUAUCGUCAUUGCCUUCCUGGCCAAGGUGAUUGGAGGCACGCUCGCGUCUCGUCUUAAUGGACUCCUCUGGCGAGAGAGUUUCUCGAUUGGUGUCUUGAUGAGUUGCAAGGGAUUGGUGGAGUUGAUCGUAUUGAAUAUUGGUCUUCAAGCGAAAAUUUUGAGCACUCGUACUUUCACCAUCUUCGUCGUCAUGGCUCUGGUCACUACUUUUAUAACCACUCCUCUCACCACCGCGCUCUAUCCAAACUGGUAUCAAGUCAAGGUGGAGCGCUGGCGAAAGGGGGAGAUUGACUGGGAUGGCAACCCUCUUCAGAGUGAUAGCCGCUCCGACAGUGUGACUGCGGUCAAGGAUCAGCUCAAGACUGUCCCGGUCCACAAGCUUUUGGUCUAUCUUCGCUUGGAUGGUCUCUCCGGAAUCUGUACCUUGGCUGCCCUUUUGACUCCCAACCGUGCCGCGGCUUUGGCUUCGCCCAGGACCCACCCUUCUAAAGCGCCUAAGAAGACCGAACAGGGUGUGGAAGAAGCCAUCUCGGCAGAUGAUACAGACGAGACUGCACUUCGAGUUCACGGUGUGCGACUUAUGGAAUUAGGUGACCGUGACUCGAGUGUCAUGAAAGUGUCGGCUGGAGAGCAGGCUCUCUGGGACCCCGUUGUCAACACCUUUCGUGCCUUUGGCGAGUGGCACGAUAUUUCUCUUAUGGCUGGUGUGUCGGUGGUGCCGGAACAUUCUUACGCAGAUACCGUCAUCAAUAUGGCUCGCCAAGAAACAACCGAUCUCCUUUUGCUCCCGUGGAGCGAGUCGGGCACGUUGACUGAUCGCCAGAAUGGCUUGGAGGUCGAUACCGCCAGCCGAUUUGCCAAUGGCUCAUAUACCGACUUUGUCUCUAGCGUCCUCCAGCGAGUUCCGGGUCACGUGGGUAUCUUCAUCGAGCAUAGCCCUGAUUCUCGCUCUCCCGAAACCAAACGGCCUCCUCCUCCGCCACAUGCCGCGGCUAGUGGACUGAGCAUCCAGUCCGUUUGGUCCCGCAAGGCCACCGGUGGCCGCUCUCACCACCUUGUGCUUCCCUUCCUCGGUGGCGAUGAUGAUCGUUUUGCUCUUCGCUUGAUUCUGCAAUUGGCCCAGAAUGACCACGUCACGGCUACAAUCAUUCAGAUCGGCGGUGGCCUUCCACCGACCUCUGCCACUGGCUCCGGCUCUAGUAGUGCGCACGCUCGCGGUAGCCAGUCUGAUAUCGUUUUCUUCGAGACUCUCCGGGAUUCUAUUCCCGAGGAUUUGCAAGAGCGUGUCGUCUUCCGACAGGCUGAGGUUCCUGAUACGAUCAGUGACCCGCUCCAACUCGCUCUAUCUGCCGUGCAGGCUGAACUCAGCAACAUCUCCAACAGGUCUGGCAGUAUCAUUGUCGUUGGACGGAAUAAGAAUUUGGCUGAGAUAGGUGUUCCCUCUAUUGACGCCAACGUUGGGCCUGAAACGUACCAUGCGCUCGGUGCCAUGGCUUCCACCAUGGUCGAUCCCGAGAGCAAGGGCUUUGGCAGCGUCCUUGUGUUGCAGGCUGGUACUAACACGGUCGUUGACUACCAAUGA